UUUUAAAKCGGUUUGGUUCCGGUUACUAAAAAAUUCCKGUUUAGAUAUUUAAUACUAACACAUGUGUUAUAAUAACUGAUUAUUUAUAUUAUUAUUUUAGUAAAUAAUUUAUAACCCAAACMUCAUGUCUUCAUCACAAACCGAGUUCUGUCACAUUUGCGGAACAAUACUACCGCUGCCGUUGAGUAUUGACAUCAAAGAUCAGAUGACAUGUUUGGUAUGCAAUCAUACGGUUGAUGUCAACCAAUUCAAUGGUAUUACUUCAACCACAAGAAUCACUUUCAAUACAAGACAUCUGAUCCACAAAUCGAGUCACACAUCACAAGACAAGGCUGAGGGACCUGUCAUUGAAAGGAAGUGUCAAAAGUGUGGUCACGAAAAACAAACGUUCGCUACAUUACAGACCCGAUCGGCAGACGAGGGACAGACAGUCUUCUAUACAUGUCUUAAGUGUGGCGCUCAAGAAAAUGAAAACUCUUAACUAAUUUUUUAACCAUCGAUGACAUUCAUAUC